AUGCCACCAAAAACAACCAAAAAGCGACAACAUCAAAUCGAUGCUAUGAAAGAAGUUGUAGAGAUUGGAAGUAGGUUUUGAUUAUUUUUCUAAAAUUUCUUUGUUUAAAAAAAACAAUUGUUUUUUGCAGUAAGCGAGAAAAUCGAGUGUGCAAAGGAUAAAUUACUGCAACUUCGCGAUGAAAUGUUGAAUGUGGCAAUGACAGAACAACUCGAUAUUCCUCAAGAACUCCUGCGAAUGAAUAUAGUCGAUUUUUUGAAAAGAGAUGAUUACUCGGAAUUUUUCGCUGAACCUGUUGAAAAUAUUGAAGAAGAAGAAGAGGAGGAGGAAGAAAUGGAUGAAGGAAGAUGUAGUGCAUUAUCAAAAGAUACUGAUAUUCCAACAACUAGUGACGUAGUAACACCGUAAGUUUCAGACCUUUGAAAACGAAAAAUAAAACUUUUUUUUUAUUAAAGAGAUCGAGUGUGCCGUGGAGGAAGUCGUAUUCUUCAAACACCUUUAGGCGUGGCUUUGCCAGUUCCAGCUGUUCUUCGAGUCAAACUUGAUGAUGAUCAGUUAGUUUUUUUUUAACACGCAACGCAGACCGCGCCGCGCCACAACACACAAAAAAAGAGAGGGAAUUUGAAUCGUUCUCUCAUUUGUGUGUGCUGUGGCGCGGCGCGGUCUGCGUUGCGUAUUUAUUUCGGUGGAGCGCGUGGAUCAUGGAAUUUUGUGUUUUCAGAGAUAAUUUGUAUCGAAAACCGCACGCCGAUGAAGAAAUAGCAUUCUCAAUCCGCGGUUCUCCAAUGGUCAUUCAACAACCCAACAAAGAUGCGGAUGUGGAGAAGAUCAGACAAGUUUUGCACAAUAUAAAUGAGCAAUCGCCGGAUUCUCGCGCUCUCGCUGAAACAGUUCAAAAAAUAUUGCUGAAAAAGAAGGGCGGGAAAGUAGUUAAAGUGGAACUUGAUGAAGAUGGAAAUCCAGUUGAAAAUGGAACGGCUGUUUAG